CCGUGACUGGCAGGGUGGACAUGCUUAUUUACGAGGUGUCUGUGAAUGCGCCACGCCUGCUUUACUUCCUGUCUUCCAUAACUUCACCAAAAACAAAAACACAAAGGAAAAGGUUUUGUUCUUUCGUCUGUUGGCCGACAAUAAAGACGUGGCCUUGAAGUGGUCAUGACGCAGCAAGAGCAGCAGGACUUCAUGGAGCGACUGCAGGAGGCGCUGUCCUGGAUGAAAGCUGUGCAGGAGAAGCUGAGGACAAACGACAACACGGAGGGGCCGUGGGAUGCCCUGGAAAGUCGACUCAGGGAGACGGAGAAAAUCCACCACUCGAUGCACGACGGCCAGGUGAAGAUGGACAUGGCACAAGUUGCAGCUCAACAUCUUCUGGAGAAAGGAGAUGAAGAGCUGAGGACAAAUACCCAGGCCAAGCUCAAAGACCUGAAGAGCAGCUGGGAAGAAACAUGUACUUACACCAUCCACUGUCACAGCCGGAUCGAGUGGGUGUGGCUCCACUGGAGUGAAUAUUUAAAGGCCUACGAGGAGUUCAUGUUGUGGCUGAUGAAGCAGCAGUGCAGUCUGGACGUGACCUUGGAGCUACAACUGGGCCUGAAGGAGAAGUUGUGGCAGGUGGACCAGCAGAGGGUUAUGGUGAGCGACAUCCGUGGCCAAGCAGCGUUAUUGGAACGGCUGCUGGAUGAAGCUGCCGCGCUGCACAACAGAAUCCAAGACCCCUGUGUGGACCCUAAGACCCAGGAGAGACUGCAGGGGGCCUACAGUGACAUCACGACCAAGGCUGAGGAGCGUCUGGCGCUGCUCCAGAAGAUCGCUGAGGAGCACCAGACUUACCAAGGCUGCGUUCAGAGCUUUCAGUCCUGGCUGCUGUCCAAAACCAAGGAACUGACAGAUCUGAUGGAGAAAGAAGAUACCACAGAGAACAAACUCCAAGCCUUACGAGCGGUUGAUGAGAGCGUGGCCAGUGAGGAAAAAACCCUGCAACACAUCGAGGGCGUGUCCGAAGCGGUCCGAGUCAACAGCUCCCCCGCUGGAGCGGAGGUGGUAGUGGAGGAGGCUGAGGAGCUCAGGCUGGGCUGGCAGAGACUCAGACAGGGUCUGUGUGAGGCCGAGGACGGCCUGCGCUCCAGCCUGGAUGCACGCUGCGACUACAUGGCUCGUCGCCAGCGACUGGGGGAGGACCUUGGAGGCCUCAGGAUACGACUUCAGGGUCUGGACCAGGACUUGGACAAGGUGGCUGAUGUUGGGGAUGAGAAGGAUUUGACUGAAGAGCUGAUGGUCCGCCAGUGGAGAAAAUACACGGAUGUGAGAAAGGGUGUGGCUAUGGAAGAGACCCAAGUGGAGCACCUCAAGUCUCAGCUCAAGGAUCUCUUCAGGUUCUCCGAGGACUCUCGCCACAUCUCUGAUGAUGUCCUGGCAGUUGUCAAAGAGCACCAGAGUGUGAAAUGCAAAGCGGCAAGAUUGUGUUCAGAAUCCGAGUGUGUCCUGAGAAACACACUCCAGGACCCCUUGAUGUCCUUUGGCCAGUGGAGGCAGGCUGUGUCCCAGGUUCUGGAAACUUCUGCUGUGGUCACAGACUUCUCCCACAUUGUCAUGCUGCUUGAAGAAAUUGACCGGCUGUUGAAAGACAGUUUUCAGCUGCAGGAUGUUCUGAAGAGGCUGAAGACCAGGGAGGACUUGUUGGUGUCAGUGUUGGGUCCUGACAAGUGUGCUGCUCUGCAAGGUGAGCUGAGUGCAUCCAUGAGGGACAGACAACUGCUGCAUGAUCAACUGCUCCACAGACAAGGCAGGCUGCAGGCCUCCGUUUCAAGAGCUAAGGACUUUGGAGAUGCUUACAUUUUGAUGAGCUCCAAGUUGAGGGGCUUGCGAGACAGGAUGGUGCUAGUUGAAGUGCUCCAGCCUGACAUCCUGGCCAAGAAAAGUCAGUUUGACCAGUUGAAGGCGAUCCAGAAGGACCUGGAAGACUGCCAAGCACAGCUCACAUCUCUUGAAGCGCUCGUGUCCUCCAGUUCCAGCAACAGGACUCGCUUUGAAAAAGUCCACGCUGACUGGAAACAGCUUUGCAACACGAUUAAGGUGAAGUUGCAUGAGAGUGAGCGGAGUAUCGAAGAUCACAAAAGCUUCCAUGAGAGUCUCCUGAACAUGGAGAAGUGCUUGAUGGUCCUGAAGCAGAAGGUGGAGUCCUUUAAGAGUCCCACGGGAGAAUGGAGCAUUGAUGGUCGCAAACACGAGGCUGAGAAAGCACUGGGAGAGUUUCCAGAGAAAGAGUUGCAGAUCCAGCAGAUGGAGGUCCAAGGUCAGAAAGUUCUACAAAGGACUUCGCAGAAAGGAGAAGUCCACAUUGUGGAAGAUAUGAAGCGUCUGAAAGAGUCCUGGUUGAACUUGUGCAAGAUGAGUGUCAACAUUCACAGGCUGCUGAAUGGAUCCACAGAACAGGGGACUGUUCCUGACAUGUGGGGCCUCAACACUUUAGAAAUGGCAGAGGUGGUGGAUGGUGGUCACCAUUCCAAAGGUCACCUCCUAACGCCGAGACAGGAAGAGCUUCCCAAAGAAGUAACCGACCAAGAAAGUUCUGACCGAAGCAGAGGAGCCUUUGUACACUUCAGGCAGAAAGAUGGUGCAAUGGUGAGCAGGGAUCAAUUCCAGUCCAAAAGGAAACAGUUUGAGGCUUGGCUCAGCAGAGAGAAUCAACUCCUGUCAGGAAUCCUGAGCACCAAGCGAGGAACCCUGAAGAGCAAUCAAGUCCAGAAGCAACGAGACACACUGAAGGCUCUGAAGGCAGGAGUGAGUUGGGGUCAGGAGCAGUUCCAGCUUUUGCUGCAGGACAGGAGAGAGAGUCAGACUGGAUCAGGUCCAGCAGAAGAUGCCAGCUUUGAAGACCUUCGCUAUCGCUGGAUUCUCUACAAGUCCAAACUAAAGGAUGCCCGUGUCCCUCAGAAAAGGCUCCAUUCUCAGAAGCCGAGCUUGAUGCAGAGAGUUUGUCGACUGGCUCUUCCUCUGUGGCUCUUCUUCCUGGCCUUGCUGCUCAUCGCCUUCCUGCUUCCCCUCAUGGACAAAGACCACAGCUGCUCUCUCAGCAACAACUUUGCACGCUCCUUCAACAUGAUGCUGCGCUACUCUGGACCUCCGCCCACAUAACACAAUAUACAUACAUACAUACAUACAUACAUACAUAUAUACAUAUAUACAUACAUACAUACAUACAUACAUAUAUACAUAUAUACAUACAUACAUACAUACAUACAUACAUAUAUACAUACAUACAAACAUACAUACGUACAUACAUCUAUAUCUGCAUCCAUGAUGCUGCGCUACUCUGGACCUCCGCCCACAUAACACAAUAUACAUACAUACAUACAUACAUACAUAUAUACAUACAUACAUACAUACAUACAUACAUCUAUAUCUGCAUCCACGGCAUAUUUCCAGGCUACAGCAUCAAAUCAUGUCUUUUAUUACAGCCUUACAAAGAUAUGGACUUUAUUUUAAAAGAAAAAAUAGCAAAAUGCUUUUUAUACUUGAAUUUGUAUUUAAUUGAGUAUUUGAACUAUUUUAAUGUCAAACUCAGCCUCAUACUGAUGUUGUAUCGUCUACUUCAGGGGUCGGGAACCUUUUUGGCUUAGGGAGCCAUACAAGCCAAAUAUUUUAAGAAGUAUUUCCGUGAAAGUCAUAUAAAAAAAAAUUAAAGACAGAAUACAACUAAAUGUGUGCAUUUUUAUGUAAGACCAACAUUUUUAGAGUAUAAUAAGUCUCUCAUUCUUUUUAAUGACAUUGUUAUUCUGAAGCUAACCAACACGUAAAAUCCUUCUGGGGCGGUUUAGCUCGGUUGGUAGAGUGGCCGUGCCAGCAACUUGAGGGUUGCAGGUUCGAUUCCCACUUCCGCCAUCCUAGUCACUGCCGUUGUGUCCUUGGGCAAGACACUUGACCCACCUGCUCCCAGUGCCACCCACACUGCUUUAAAUGGAACUUAGAUAUUGGGUGUCACUAUGUAAAGUGCUUUGAGUCACUUGAGAAAAACGCUAUAUAAAUAUAAUUCACUUCAGUUCUUACCAUUAACACAACUUCUUGAACAGGUGCGGUAGAAACCGGGUGGUUGGAUUAAAAUGCAUGAGAAUGUUUUAUAUUUUGAACAUUAUUUUUAACACUGUGAUUACAAGUGGAAUUAUUUACUUAUCGUGUUAAGCAACGUCAGCUAAUAUUUAUCUGAGAGCCAGAUGCAGUCUUCAAAAGAGCCACAUCUGGCUCUAGAGCCAGAUGUUCCCUACCCCUGCUCUACUUGCUAAAUAUCACAGAGUAAGUCAGUCUUUUAGCUUUCAUUUCUUUUUAUUCAUCAAAACAUUUUCAAGUAACUGGAUGAGGCGACCUGGAGGAAGUGUGUCUGAUGCUUCAAUGAACUCAAAUCAUGGAAUUUUUUCAGAAUUGUUGAAGUGGAGGCACAUGAUUCCCAAACAGGCUGAAUAUUUUGAAGAUGGAAGCGUUUGAAUCAGAUGACAAAUGUGGGAGUUGUGGAACUUUGAAAAAUGCCUCAUUGACUUCAAUGGGAAUUUGCCCAAAAAUUAGGAAUUUCAGGAAAAGCAAGAAUUUUUUGGAAAAUGGUAAAAAACUGGAAUGAUCUGAAUUAGUUGAAAUGGUUGGUGUUGGCAUUUUUGCAAAUCAACUGAGAAAUGUUGAAGUUGUAACAUGUUGAAUUGAGAAAUGCUGUUACAGAAUUUCGGGAAAACCGGGAACUUUUCACGUUCAAAAACAACGUAGUUUUUGUCCCGAUUAAGAAGAAUGUUUGGAAGGUUGAAGUGGCUUGAAAAAUGUGGAAGGAGUAGACGCCAGAAAAAAAGGGUUUCAAAAAAACGGGAAUUCUGGAAAUUCCCGGAAUUCUUUUGAACUUUAAAAAAUAAUAGAUUGAAUGUCCAGGAUGAUUGGAAUAUUUUGAAAGUGGAAGGCUUUGAAUCGGUUGAAAAAUGUGGAAAUGGAAGUUUGAAAAAUAGCCAAUUCAUUUUGAAUGGGAAAAAUGUCCCAGAAAACCUGGAAUUCUGGGAAAUCUGAGAAUUUUGGGAAAAUGUAAAAAGGGAAAGCGCGCCGACUUUCCCAAAUAGGCCGAACAGUUUCAAGUUGGAACUUUUUGAAUCGGGUGAAAAAUGUGGAAGGUAGAGAGAGAGCGCCAACAUUUGGAGAAGUUUGUGAAGUCGAUGAAUUUUGUGUAGAAAAGUUUGUGUGAGUGCUUUGCAGCAUUCACACAACUAGGAGAAACAUCAGCAAGUGUUUGCAAACUAAGUAUUUCUUUGCUUUUCUGCCUUCAACUUCAGACCUCAAGUACCACACAUGAAGUACUUUUAUAUUCAUGAAGUACUUUUAUAUUCAUGAAGUACUUUUAUAUUCAUUUUACUUUUGACAUCAACAAUGUUGUCCUAGCUUGUGUAGGUUGACUCUUUUUGCUUUUUUUUUUUAAUAUGCGGGCUUGCAAUUCAUGUACUAGUACACACUACAUAUAUACAUAUAUAUAUUCUGCUGUGUGUACUAAUAUGUACUACUUCAUGUACUAUUGUGCUCAACAUUGUUUGAAAUGUCAUUUGCCAAAUGAGGAGAAUUGCCAUAAAUGAUGCUUUGCAAAAAGAAUAA